UUCAGUGAUCAAAGAAUCAAAUGUUUCGAAUCUUCAUUUUCACUGAAUAUCUUUGGUAGCCGAAGUAGGAGUCUCGUCAGAUGUGCCGUUUUGUGCUUCACCAUUUCUUGGCGGCAAGAAGCAAAAUCUGCUUUGCCACAGGCUUUUCCAGCUUCCCAGGCGAGCUUAAGGGCUUGAUCAAGAGCAGGAUUGAGUAUUAGCAAAAGUAAGUCAUAGUACGAAGCCCGACAUACUGAAAGCAUUGACCAUAGCCAGAACAUAUAAGAACUGGCUGCGCUGUUGCUCUUUCACCACCACUUCCUCAUUUCACAAUCAGCUUCUGCAUUCAGUCUUUAUCACUUACCCAAGUCACUCAUUAUGAAGUUCACAGCUCUAUUCCUCGCCGUCGGAUUCGCCUCUGCUAUUCCUCAACCUCUUCCCGCUUCUUGGUCAAAUACUGGCGAAAAGGGCUCCGAAAUUCAAGAGCUUUUCAAGCAUGUCAGCCCACUGCAGGGGAAUGACUUAGAGGCUCGAUCACUUCCCACUUGCCACCAUGACAAUCUUUUCCGUAUCUUCCUUGACCAUCGGUACAGUUCAAGUGCCAGUGCUUUCUGCAGCACAUAUAUCACCUCGACAAUGGUUUCAACGAUCGUGCCAUUGACCACCACGACUAUCACCGCAAUGGAGACAGCUGCCACAGCAUUUUCAACUGUCAUUGUCCUCGCGACAGCAACAUCUACAACCCUAGCCCCUGAUGCCAUUAUCACUGUUGCUCCCAAAGCAAAACGUCAGGCUCUUGCUGGCUGCCCGGGAAAAGCUGGUACCUAUCCACCAGCCCGCAUUAGCAGCGCUUGUUCGUGCUUGGUCACUCCGGCAUUGAUGAUCAGCACCACGACUACCGCCGCGCUCUCGACUGUCACAAUUGCUUCAACCAUUCAGAUCACAGCAGCCGCUACCAUCACAGAAACUAGCACAACCGUACUGGAUGUCGCUGGCCCGGCAGCUGCCACCUCUACUAUCAUCGGUAGCCCAGCACCUGCGUCGUAUUGCUCGGCUGGCACGAUGUUCGACCCUAAUAAUGACGCUUUUACUGUACACUGCGCCACCUCAUACGCUUCGGGCGGAGCCACCCUUUACAGCACCAUAACGGCGAUAUCAUACCAAGAUUGUCUGAAUUCGUGCGGUGCUAAUGUUAAGUGCCGGGCAUUUUCGUAUCUUCUUACUGUUUCGAGCAACAAUUGCUACCUCUAUGGCAAAGGUCUACUUACCCCCUCCGUUGAUCCUACUAUGGACAGUGGUGUUGCCUAGGGAUACGAACGCUAAUAUGAGAGGAUGUCGACGGCGGAUGAAGGGCAAGAGGCGGUACCGAUGAAGUAAUGUAACUUUCGUGGAUUGUUUUUUUGGGUUCAGGGCCUUUAAUAUAUUGUUUCUUUGCAAUCCUCCAACAGACCAGUCACUUCAAUAGAUUUAGAUAUGGAAAC